AGGCCCGGGACAGGCACGGGACAGGGGGGAGCUCUGAGCACCGCCGGGAAAAGCGGGAGAGCCGGGAUGCAGGAAAACAUCAUCCGUGUAUCCUGUCAGUAAACACUGACAGCACAAACGCGUGCGAAUUCUGUGUUUAAUGUUUCUGAUUUAGUUCUGAUUUGUUUCUGAUUUAUUUCGGAUUUAUUUCUGAUUUAUUUCUGAUUUGUUUCUGAUUUAUUUCUUAUUUUCCAGCAGCUCCUGCAUCCACGCUCACCAGCUCCUGGUAUCCAGGGAAAACACACCGGGAAUAUCCAGGGAAAACACACCGGGAAUAUCCAGGGAGAGCACACCGGGAAUAUCCAGGGAGAGCACACCGGGAAUAUCCAGGGAGAGCACACCGGGAAUAUCCAGGGAGAGAACACUGGGAAUAUCCAGGGAGAGCACACCGGGAAUAUCCAGGGAGAGCACACCGGGAAUAUCCAGGGAGAGCACACCGGGAAUAUCCAGGGGAAACACCCUGAGCUCUCCACCUCCCCCUUGGCAGCUUUUCCUGAGACACAAUUCCAGCUCUGGCCCUGCAGCAUUCCUGGGAAUUCCUGGGAAUUCCCGCUCCAGGCUGGAACCAGGGAAUGGUUCCCAGCCUUGUUCUGCUCCAGAGAAACAAUUCCCAGCUCUUUGUCCCUGCAGCAUUCCUGGAAUUCCCACUCCAGCUACACAGCUCUAUCAGGGAAUGGUUCCCAGCCUUUUCUCCUCCCAGCUCCAGAUAAACACUUCCAGAUGAACAAUUCCCAGCUUUCCUGGAAUUCCCACUCCAGCUACACAGCUCUACCAGGGAAUGAUUCCCGGCCUUUUCUCCUCCCAGCUCCAGAGAAACAAUUCCAGCCCUGUCCCUGCAGCAUUCCCGGAAAUCAGAGGCCGGGAAUUCCCGCUCCAGGCCAAAAACAGGGAACAGUUCCCAAACUUUUCUCCUUCUGGCUCCAGAGAAACAAUUCCCAGCCCUGUCCCUGCAGCAUUCCCAGGAAUUCCAGGUGCAGAGAAUUUCCAGAGAAACAAUUCCCUGAGCCCAGCUCUGUCCCUGCAGCAUUCCCGGAAAUCCGAGGCCGGGAAUUCCCGCUCCAGGCUGGAACCAGGGAAUGGUUCCCAGCCUUUUCUCCUCCCGGCUCCAGAUGAACAAUUCCAGAGAAACAAUUCCCAGCUUUCCUGGAAUUCCCACUCCAGCUACACAGCUCUAUCAGGGAACGGUUCCCGGCCUUGUUCUGUUCCCAGCUCCAGAUGAACAAUUCCAGCCCUGUCCCUGCAGCAUUCCCGGAAAUCCAAGGCUGGGAAUUCCCGCUCCAGGCUGGAACCAGGGAAUGGUUCCCAGCCUUUUCUCCUCCCGGCUCCAUAUAAACCAUUCCCAGAAUUCCCGUGCUCCAGCAGGAACGGUUCCCAGGCUUUCCCCUCCUCACGUGCAGCAGCUCCCGGCCAGGUGUUGGCUCUGCAGUUCCAGGUGUCGGAAUUCCAACGGGAAUUCCAGAGGCUGUGCUGGCUCCUGCCAGGAAGGAGCCCUGGUGAGUCACCAGACCAGCCUGGGGCUGGCCCUGGCACGGAUGUUAUUUUUAUUAAUUUAAUUUUAUUUUAUUUUUUAUUAUUUUAUUUUAUUUAUUUUAUUUUUUAUUAUUUUAUUUAACAUUUUUUAUUUUAUUUUGUUUUCUAUUCUAUUCUAUUCAUAUUUUCAUUCUAUUCUAUUCUAUUUUACUUUAUUUUAUAUUUUAUUUUACUGUAUUUUAUAUUCUAUUUUAUUUUAUUUUACUUUCCCCUGCUCUGUUCCUGCCAGAUAAUUUCAAGAGGGAUCAAUGAUGGAAAUGGAUGGAAAACAACAGGAAAUUUUAAAAAAACCAUGAAAACUCGAAUUUCCCAGCCUGGAAAAGAGGGAUCACUGAUGGAAAUUUUUUUUUAAAUCCCUAGAAAUCAGAAUUUCCCAGGCUGGAAAAGAGGGAUCCCUGAUGGAACAUUUAAAAGAAAUCCCUAGAAAUCAGAAUUUCCCAGGCUGGAAAAGCGGGAUCCCUGAUGGAAAUUUUUUUUAAAUCCCUGUAAAUCAGAAUUUCCCAGGCUGGAAAAGCGGGAUCCCUGAUAGAAAUUUUUUAAAAAUCCCUGUAAAUCAGAAUUUCCCAGGCUGGAAAAGCAGGAUCCCUGAUGGAAAAUUUAAAAGAAAUCCCUGUAAAUCAGAAUUUCCCAGGCUGGAAAAGCGGGAUCCCUGAUGGAAAAUUUAAAAGAAAUCCCUGUAAAUCAGAAUUUCCCAGGCUGGAGAAGCGGGAUCGCUGAUGGAAAAUUUUAAAAAAUCCCUGGAAAUCAGAAUUUCCCAGGCUGGAGAAGCGGGAUCCCUGAUGGAAAAUUUUUAAAAAUCCCUGUAAAUCAGAAUUUCCCAGGCUGGAAAAGAGGGAUCCCUGACGUACAUUUUUUAAAAAUCCCUGGAAAUCAGAAUUUCCCAGGCUGGAAAAGCGGGAUCCCCGAGGAAGAGGCCGGAGAGGAAGGCAGUGCUGCCCCGGCCGCGCUCGCCCCGUGUCGCGGCGCUCCCGGAGCAUUCCGGGCCGUGACUCCGGGAGUGAUUCAGCGGAUGGGGCCGGGCAGGCGGAGCAGGAAAAGUCACCUGGGCAGGGAGGGAUAAAACUCACCUGGGCAGGGAGGGACAAAACUCAGCUGGGCUGCGGCUCCGCUCCCGGAACCCCGCAGGUCCGCGCUCCGCACAUCCAAGCCCCGCUCCCGGGGAUUCCCGGGGGGUUCCCGGGGAUUCCUGCGGGAUUCCCGGAGGAUUUCGGGGACUGGGAGCGCGGGAGAUGGUUUGGUUCCUCUGACAGCACCUGCACAGGUAUUUCUGGGGCUGGGGGGAUCCCAUGGAGCCAUCCUGGGACUGGGACCAGUGGGACUGGGGAACUGGGACUGGGGAAUGGAGAGUGGGAACUGGGACUGGGAUCCCUGGGGCUGGGGAACUGGGACUGGGGAAUGGAGAGUGGGAACUGGGACUGGGAUCCCUGGGACUGGGAUCAGUGAGACUGGGAACUGGGACUGGGAUCAGUGGGACUGGGGAACUGGAAUAGGGAUCAUUGGGACUGGGAACUGGGACUGGGGAAUGGAGAGUGGGAACUGGGACUGGGAUUCCUGGGACUGGGGAACUGGGACUGGAACCAGUGGGACUGGGAUCCCUGGGACUGGGACCAGUGGGACUGGGGAAUGGAGAGUGGGGAACUGGGACUGGGGAAUGGAGACUGGGAUCCCUGGGACUGGGAUCCGUGGGACAGGAAUCAGUGGGACUGGGAUCACUGGGACUGGGGAACUGGAAUAGGGAUUGUUGGGAUUGGGAUCACUGGAAAAGGGAUUGUUAGGACUGGGAUGGUUGGAACUGAACUGGGAUUGUUGGAAUGGGAAUCACUGGGACUGGGACUGUUGGAACUGGGAUCACUGGAAUUAGGAUCACUGGAAUAGGGACUUGGAACUGGGAUCGCUGGGACUGGGAUCGCUGGGACUGGGAUCGCUGGGACUGGGAUCCCUGGGACUGGGAUUGUUGGAAUGGGAUCACUGGGACUGGGAUUGUUGGAAUGGGAAUCACUGGGACUGGGAUCGCUGGAGCAGGGACUGCUGGAUCUGGGAUUGUGGAAUGGGAAUUUCUGGGACAGGACAAAUCCUCAUCCCAAAUCCUAAAGCCCAUCCUGAACGUGGCCCCUCUCACUCUGCCUUUAUGGUGCAAAAGAUUCCUGGAAUUCACAAAAACCACGGAAUUCCUCCCUUUGUGUCGCUCUCCUGGGUGGCUCCGCUGUUUCCUGAAACCUCUGGAAAAUCCCAGUGAAUCCCUGGGAAAAGGAGAGGCUCUGAAUUAAAAAAAAAAUCAGAAAAUCAAACAAAACAGCCCCUAAAAAUCAAAUUAUUCUGUUAAAAAGACGCAGGAGGGGAAGGUUGAGGAAUUUAAAACGUCUCAUCCUCAGCUUGAUCCAAAUCCCUGCGUUCCAACCGAUCCGCAAACCCCAAAAAUCAAAAUACCAAACAAAAAAUAAGCGGAAUAAAAGGAUAAAAAUUAGUAAAAUCUCAAUUUAAUAAAACCAAGAAGCUUCUGUAACGCCACAGUCACAUUUAGCAAACAGGAAAGUUUAAAAUUUUUAUCUAAAAGCAAAUUUUGGGGUAAAUUUGAGUUUAAUUUGGGAUUUUGCCGUGCUGGAGCUGACGUGGGCCAGAGCAGCAAAAAGCUCCUGAGAGCAGCUGGAAUGUCAUCAGUCAUCAUUAAUCAUUAAUAAUUAAUAAUGAAUCAUUUCAUCAUUCCUAAUUGUGCAAUGAGAGCUCGGGCAAGCCAAGGCUUCUCCCUUUCUCAGCUGCUCAGAAUUCCUGAAAAUCCCUGAAAAACGCCCAGGAACUGCAAAAAAAAAUGGAUUUAGGGAUGGGAAAAAGGGAAUAUUUGGGAAAAAAAAUAGAGAUUAAAAGGAAAAAACUCCCUCAGGUUUUCCUCAUCUUUGGGCCACUUUGGGCUUGGAUUUGUGAUUUAUCUGUAAGCAGGAAAAAUUUAAAAAAUGGAUUAAAACCCAUUAAAAUUAGCUGGAAAUGCACAAAAUUUAACCUCAGGAGAAGCUGCAUCCUAAAAAAAUGUAAAUAAAUUAAUCUUUAACUGAAGAGAAGCACAAAAAAGAGAAAUUCUGAAGGGUGGCUCUGAGGGGAAUUAUAUAAUAAAUAAAUAAAUAAUAUAAAUAUGUAAAUAGGUAUUUAAAUAUAUUUAAAUAUAUGUAUCUAGAUAUAAAAAUAUAAACAUAUAAAUAGUAAUAUCUUUUUAGAUAAAUAAAGAAAUAAAUAUAUAAUAUAUAAAUUUAUAAAUAUAAAUAAUUGAGAUAAAUAAAUAUAUAUUAAUAUAACAGUAGAAAUAGUGAAAAUUAAUAAAUAGUAUAAUUAUUAUAAAUGAUUAAUAAGUUAGUAAAUAAUAUAAUUAUUAUAAAUGAUUAAAUUAUAAUAAUUAUAAAUAACACACUACUACUAAUGGAGAUUUUUUGGGUUUUUUCCUUGUGGAAUGUGAGGAGCAUUCGGUGUUUGCUAAUUGAAAUUCGGGUUUAAUUGCUGGGCCGAGCUGUAAUUACAGCUGAGCGUGGCCGGUGCCGGUGACACAUCCCAAAAAAAUGGGCUGGGAAAUCCUCGGGAAUUUCCUGCGGCUUUCGGGGACGGGAGCUGCGGGGGGUGCCUGAAAUAAUCCCAAUUUUGGGGGGUUUUAACAAGGGUGAAGCUGAAAAGUUGGGUCUGGAUGCAGGUGUUCCCUAAAAUAAUCCGAAUUUUGGGGGAUUCCAGGAAGGAUGAAGGGACAGGAGCUGAAAUUUGGGUCUGGGUGCAGGUGGUGCCUAAAAUAAUCUGAAUUUUGGGGGAUUUUAAGAAGGAUGAAGCUCAAAAUUUGGUUCUGGAAUGCAGGUGUUGCCUAAAAUAAUCUGAAUUUCGGGGUGAUUCCAAGAAGGCUGAAGGGACAGGGAUUAUUUGUAACCCAAUUUUUUUGGGAUUUGGGCUCCUGAACUUCCAGGCAGGAGCUGAAAUUUGGGUCUGGGUGCAGGUGUUGCCUAAAAUAACCAAAAUUUUGGAGGAUUUUAAGAAGGAUGAAUCACAAAAUUUGGGUCUGGAUGCAGAUAUUGCUAAAAUAAUCCAAAUUUUGGGGCAUUCCAGGCAGGAUGAAAGGCCAGGCGCUGAAAUUUGUCUCUGGACGCUGCUGUUGCCUAAAACACCCCAAAUUUUGGGGGAUUUUGGGGGUGACGAGGGCACAGGAGCCGUUUCUGAACCAUUUCCUGCUGGCACUCACAGCCCCGGGCCGAGCAUUCCAAUUUUUAACAGGAAAAACCUGAAUUUCCCCUUUCUUUGUUUAUUUUCCCCCAAUUCCAGCUCCCAGGAGCCGGGACCUGCCCAAACCCCCCAAAAAUCCCUUUUUUUCCCCCAUUAUCCCCCCUGAAAGUGUCUCUGUCUCCUAGGCCUGGCUCAGCUCCCUAAUUAGGAGAUUCCCAGAAUUAGGAGAUUCCCCAUGGAAUCCUCGGCUCUGCUCCCGGCUCCCGGCACCCGGGGGUCUCGGCGGGCUCCGUUCCCCCCGGGGGGCUCCAUCAUGUCCUGCUUCCCGCACCUCUGGCACUCCAGCACCGCGCAGUCCCCGUCCAGCCCCGCGCCCGCCGCGCCGCCGCUGCCGCUGAGCCCCAUCGCGGUGCCACCCGCGCCGGACGGGCGCAGGAAGGGCCGCUCGCCCGCGGGCUCCCCGAGCUGCGCCAGCCCCGGCUCGCCCAAGCCCGCCUCGCCCGUCGAGUGCUCCAUCUGCUUCAACACCUACGACAACACCUUCAAGACGCCCAAGCUGCUGCAGUGCUCGCACGUGUUCUGCCUGGAGUGCGUGGCGCGGCUGAGCGCGGCGCUGGGCGCCGGCGAGGAGCUGCUGCCGUGCCCCUUCUGCCGCCAGCCCACCAGCCUGCCCAGCCAGGGCGCGCCCGGCCUGCGCACCAGCAAGGAGCUGCUGGCCACGCUGCCGCCCGAGCUGCAGCGCGAGCGCCAGCUCUGGAUGGACGGCACCAAGCUCUGCUGCCGCUGCGCCGACGACGCCGACGCCGAGAACCCCGAGUCGUGCGUGUCCAUCGACGUGGCCAUGAGCAAGGCCGAGAGCGCCGAGGCGGCCCCGGCGGGGCUGGCGGGGCGGCUGUCGCGCUGCGAGAUCUGCGACGACUGGAAGCGCAUCGUGCUGCUCUCGGCGCUGCUCAUCAUCCUCUUCUGCAUCAUCCUGUGGCCCGUGCAGUGCGCGCUCAAGACGGGCAACCUGCGCUGCUUCACGCGGACUGCGGCCGUCAGCCGGCCCGAGCUGCUGCCCCCCAAAGCCACCGCGGCCGCCGCCGCGGUCACACGGCCGCCCUUCCAGUAGGGACAGGGCCCCGGGGCUGCUCAGGGAUGGGGACAACGAUGGGACCUUCCAUCCUGACAGGAUCUGUCACACGGCCGCCCUUCCAGUAGGGACGGGGCCCCGGGGCUGCUCAGGGAUGGGGACAACGAUGGGACCUUCCAUCCUGACAGGAUCUGUCACACGGCUGCCCUUCCAGUAGGGACGGGGCUCCGGGGCUGCUCAGGGAUGGGGACAACGAUGGGACCUGCUGUCCCAACAGGAUUUGGGACAAAAUCCCCGUUCCAGUAGUGCCAGAGACCCUGGAUCUGCUCAGGGAUGGGACCUUCUGUCCUGACAGAAUCUGGGACAAAAUCCCCAUUCCAGUAGUGCCAGAGCCUCUGGAUCUGCUCAGGGAUGGGGACAAGGGACAGGACCUGCUGUCCCAACAGGAUCUGUCACACGGCCGCCCUUCCAGUAGGGACAGAGCCACUGGAUCUGCUCAGGGAUGAGGAACAGGGACAGAACCUGUUGUCCUCACAGAAUCUGGGACAAAAUCCCCAUUCCAGUAGAGCCAGAGCCCAUGAAUCUGCUCAGCUCCAUGGGGACAAGGGACAGGACCUGCUGCCCUGACAGGAUCUGGGACAAAACCCUUCUCCAGCAGCACCAGGAGCCUCUGGAUCUGCUCAGGGAUGAGGAACAGGACAAAGCCCUCUCCUGGAUCUGCUCAGGGAUGAGGAACAGGACAAAGCCCUCCUGGAUCUGCUCAGGGAUGAGGAACAGGACAAAGCCCUCUCCAGGAUCUGCUCGGUUCCAUGGGGACGAGGGACAGGAGAAAAGCCUUUCCUGGAUCUCGGCUCCAUCCCCACUGCCGAGCAGGACCUGCUGCAUUCCUGGGAUUGCCGCAGAUCCCACAUCCCGCUGGCUCUGGAAUGUCCUUCCCGUGCCUCUGGAAUGUCCUUGUGCCUCUGGAAUGUCCUUCCCGUGCCUCUGGAAUGUCCCCGUGCAUCCUGCUGCCAGGCUCUCCAUGGAAUCCAGGGCUGGGAAUGCACCGAGGUCUUCCCAGGAUCCCCUUCCCAGGAUCCCCUUCCCAGGAUCCCCUUCCCAGGAUCCCCUUCCCAGGAUCCCCGUUCCUCCAGUUCCUGAGGGAAUAAAGGGAUUUUUUUUUUUCUGGAGCAGCUCCAUGAUUAUUCCAUGAGGAGCUGGGAUGGGGAGGGCUGGAUGAACAGAUGGGAAACACCCGAAUUCCAGAGGUUGGGACAGUCAAACACCCAAAUUCCAGAGGUUGGGACAGUCAAACACCCAAAUUCCAGAGGCUGGGAAGAUGAAACCCAAAUUCCAGAGGUUGGGACAGUCAAACACCCAAAUUCCAGAGGCUGGGAAGGUGAAACCCAAAUUCCAGAGGCUGGGAAGGUGAAACACCCAAAUUCCAGAGGUUGGGAAGGUGAAACCCAAAUUCCAGAGGCUGGGACAGUCAAACACCCAAAUUCAGAGGCUGGGAGGGUGAAACACCAGAAUUCCAGAGGCUGGGAGGGUGAAACACCAGAAUUCCAGAGGUUGGGAGGUGAAACCCAAAUUCCAGAGGCUGGGAAGGUGCCCUGGUGCAGAGGGGAUAAAAGAGACAAAGAGGGAAAAGUGGAGACUCCCAGGAUCUGACACCACAGAAGAGGGGAAGGAAAGACACAAAAAUCCUGCAAAACCCUGGGAUUUGGGAUGGAAUUGAUGGAAAAACUGAAUUUAGGAGACGCAGGAGCUUCCCCCUCCUCUGCCCAGCAACCAGCACCAAGAAAAGCAGGAUUCUCCUUUAUCCUAGGGAGAAAAAAAAGAAGCAGCAGGCCCCUUAAAAACCUCUUGAAUCGUUUCCAAACUUUAUUUCUGGGUGAUUUGACGAAAGACACGAGUUAGUAAUGGUUACAUCAUGCUGCUCCUCUACUGCGCAUCGCCCGCCACAGCCCAGCCAGCAGCUCCCAGAGGCAGGAAUUCACCCUCUCCACGGACACCUCAGGGGUUGAAAUUAAAAAAAAAAAAGCAAAAAAAAAAAAUCCAGAAAAAACACCCAACCUCAAUGUCUUUUUUUUUGUUGUUUUUUUGAUUUUUUUUUUUGCACGUUCUGUGGUAGAAAUGUUGUUAAAAAUAAAGCCCAGGUGAAUGCGCUGCUGGAAAUUCCAAAUGCUCCCCCACGAGGACACAAAUCCUGGUUUAAGGCAUUUCCAAGCCCCAGCCAAAGCAGAAUGAGUUUUUAAGAUUUAUUUUUGUUCAAUUCUUGGGGGUUUUUUUGUUGUUUUUUCAUUCCUGAAAAUCAGCAGCUUCCCCAUCCCUCUGGAGCUGGAACAGCAGCCCAGCUGGGAA